AUGAAGAAACGAAAACUACGAGAUAACACCGUCUUUCUCGGAGUUCAAAUCCUACAUGGCGUGCUUUCAACUCGACGCCGCCGUCGCCUCCACCAUCUCCUGCCGCUCCUCUCUGCACUCGCUGGCGGACUUCUCUUUCUUUUUGCUGUCCUUUCCUUUCUCUCUCCUCCGAUCACCCAUACGCACCGUCGUCACCACCCCAACCGUAGCCGUUCCUUGCUUGAUGCCGAUGGAGUCGAGGUCAAAUCGGUUGCGGAAAACGACGCAUUGUUCCGCGUUCCUGCGAGUGGGGGGAGUUUAUGGCGCGACCUAUGGAGCUCUAGGCGAUCAAACUUCUAUUACGGGUGCAGUAAUGCCAGUGAUAAGUUUCCAGCUGGUGAAUUCAGCACGCAUCUCAACAGAUACUUGAUGAUUGCAACAAGUGGAGGCUUAAAUCAACAAAGAACAGGGAUAACAGAUGCUGUUGUUGCUGCCCAUAUACUGAAUGCCACCCUUGUUGUUCCUAAGCUGGACCAGAAAUCCUUUUGGAAGGAUACCAGCAACUUCUCUGAAAUCUUUGAUGUUGACUGGUUUAUAUCAUAUCUCUCAAAAGAUGUUGAAAUCAUUAAGGAGCUUCCAACAAAGGGAGCGAAAGUUUUUACUCCGUAUACUACGCGUGUUCCAAGGAAGUGCACUCCAAAAUGCUAUCUGACUCGUAUCUUGCCUGUUCUUAAUAAAAAGCAUGUAAGUGUUCAGUUAAGAGUUGCAGUCUUCAUUUUCAUUGAGGACCCUGCUGGAUCAGCUGUUCAGCUUACGAAGUUUGAUUACCGGUUGGCAAAUCGGCUAGACACAGAUUUACAGAAGCUGAGAUGUAGAGUUAACUACCAUGCUUUAAAGUUCACUAAUCCCAUUCGUGAAAUGGGGAAAAAAUUGGUGGAAAGGAUGCGGAUUAAAAGCCAGCAUUUCAUUGCCCUGCACUUGAGGUUUGAACCUGAUAUGCUGGCAUUCUCUGGAUGCUACUACAGUGGAGGAGAGAAGGAAAGGAGAGAACUAAGUGCAAUAAGGAAGAGAUGGAAAACGUUACAUACAAGGAACCCUGACAAGGAACGGAGGCAUGGGAAGUGUCCACUGACUCCAGAGGAAGUUGGUCUUAUGCUGAGAGCCCUGGGUUUCGGCAGUGAUGUUCACAUUUAUGUGGCAUCUGGUGAGGUAUAUGGAGGCGAAGAGACAUUGGCACCUCUAAAAGCUCUCUUCCCAAACUUUCAUUCAAAGGAUACAAUUGCCAGGAAGGAAGAGUUGGCGCCAUUUUCAUCCUUUUCCGCUCGUAUGGCUGCACUAGACUUCAUUGUGUGUGAUGAGAGUGAUGUUUUUGUCACCAACAACAACGGCAACAUGGCUAGGAUGUUAGCAGGAAGAAGGAGAUAUUUUGGGCACAAACCAACUAUCCGUCCAAAUGCUAAAAAACUUUAUGGUUUGUUCAUGAAUCGAGAUAAGAUGACCUGGGAAGAAUUUGCCUCGAGAGUUCGCACCUCGCAGAUUGGUUUCAUGGGAGAGCCAAAUGAGGUAAGACCAGGAAGGGGUGAGUUUCAUGAAAACCCAUCAGCCUGCAUAUGUGAAAAUUCAGAGGCCUUUGGUAAGGGAGAAUUAAGUUAUCAAAGUUGGGCUACCAUUGGCUCUAAAACUCGUACUGAAAAUAAUACAAGAAAGGAUAUUGGUGAAGUGAUCGAUGAGCAGUUAACUGAGGAUGGUCAAGACUUGUUUGAUACAGAUUAUUUGGAGAAUGAAAAUGGAGUGCGAGCUAAAGGGUUGCCUAAUAGAACGGAUUCUGAUUCUCUUCUGCUUAAAUCUGAGCAGCCGGAAUUGGAAGAGAUGUUCUCAGACUAA